AACCGUGCGCUCGACACAGCAGGAACGGAUCGGUAGGCGGUGGACAGAGAGGAGUGGAUCGAUCUAGGCGCGCGAUGCGGGCGAUGGUCUGCGAGGGUCCGGCGCGCUCGAGGGGAUCCAGGCGAGGCGCGCGAUGCGCGUGACCCGGGGGCGACGAAGGAGCCGCCGGCCUAACCCGGAUCAGGCCUAACCCCAGAAGACCGGAGUCCGGAGCAGACAGAUCUCCGGGGGGAGGGAAAUGGAGCAGCUGCUGGGAGCUCAGCAGCACUCCCACUCCUCCCUGUCCCCGAGGACCCCGCCGACCCGGCCGCACCUCCAGCACGCCGCCUCCAACCGGUUCCGGGAUCACCACCAGCCCCAGCCCCACGCCGGGCUCAAGAUCCUCCGCAUCACCCCGCCCUUCUUCCUCCUCCUGCUCGCCGCCGUCUACCUCCUCGCCUCCGUCACCAUCCUCUCCGCGCCGGCGCCCCUGCUCCGCGCCCCCAGGAAGCCCGACAGGCUCGUCGUCCCCACGCCCGCGCCGGUGCCCCCCUCGCGGCCGCCCUCCCCGGAGCUGCUCGAGCUCGACAACGGCAGGGUUCGCGCCAGGAUCAGCAAUGUCGGCGCCGCCGUCACCUCGCUGCUUGUCCCGGACAAGAACGGGGUUCUUGCUGAUGUGGUGCUUGGAUUCGACUCCCUGGAUCCGUACCUGAAUGGCACCUCGCCUUACUUUGGCUGCAUUGUUGGGCGAGUUGCAAAUAGAAUCAAGGAUGGAAAGUUUACUUUAAAUGGCGUGCAAUAUAGUUUGGGCAUCAACAACCCACCUAACACUCUUCAUGGUGGAUUUAAAGGGUUUGAUAAAGUCAUAUGGGAAGUCGCUGAAUAUAACAAAGGGAAGACCCCAUCAAUCACCUUAAAAUAUUAUAGUAAAGAUGGAGAGGAAGGUUUCCCAGGUGAUGUUUCUGUUACUGCCAGAUAUUCUCUUCCAUCAAGCAUGGAGUUGAAGCUAGAGAUGGAGGCUACACCUUUGAACAAGGCCACACCUGUCAGUUUAGCACAACACACCUACUGGAACCUGGCAGGCCACGACUCUGGAGAUGUGCUUGCACAUUCUAUCCAGAUACGGGGAUCUCAGAUAACUCCAGUAGAUCAAAUUUCAAUACCCACAGGCGAGUUUAUGCAAGUGAGUGGCACGCCAUUUGAUUUUCUGUCUGAGGCUGAGAUUGGCGAAAGGAUCGGCCAAGUCCCUGGUGGUUAUGAUCACAACUAUGUGCUUGAUGAUUCUCGCGAAGUGAAGUCAGGCUUGCGGCAUGUGGCUAAGGUGACAGAUCCGUCAAGCUUUAGGGUCCUAAACAUUUGGGGGGAUGCUCCUGGAGUGCAAUUCUACACUGGUAAUUUCCUUGCUGGCAUUGUGGGGAAAGGAGGUGCAGUCUAUGGGAAGCACGCAGGUCUCUGCCUUGAGACGCAAGGUUUCCCAAAUGCGGUCAACCAACCUAAUUUUCCAUCAGUGAUCGUUCGUCCUGGUGAGAAGUACAUGCAUACAAUGCUGUUUGAGUUCUCUACCAAGUGAACUAGCUCUUGUAGAGAUACACCUUUUUUUCCACGUCCUUUUCUUUUUCUUGUCUUAAGUUAUGAAUUUCUGACAGUGUUAGAUAAUACUAGCAGUAAUUAGGAAUGAAAGACACCAUUUUUUCAUAGGUAAUGUUCCUUGUGACUGGUAACUGUUGUGAAUUGGCGACAUAUUAUACAGGAUUAGCAAUUCUAGCACGGAGUAUGUAAGGAAAGAGGAAGAGAACAAACCAUUUUUCCGAGGGAUUUUGGUUGUACCA